AUGUUAAGCGCCGAAGUUGAAGAUAUGGAAGGAUUGCCCGAAGACUUGACAAUUAAACCAAAAAAGACUAAAAUCAAGAAGAAGAAUAAUCAGCAAAAGAAUUUGGUUAAAUUAGAUGCCAAUGAGGGAAUAAAAGUAGAUACUACAAUUGAAACUACUACUAUUGAGCCUGUUAUUGAAUCAAAAACUACUGAUAUUUUAAAACAACAAGAAAACAAGGAGAAUGAUAACAAUUAUCAUAACUCAAAAAAUGAUGAAGAAGAGAGUAUUAUUCCAAAACCGGAAGAGUUAUCACAACAACCGGAAGAAACCCAAAACAAUCAAAACAAUGGAAUUCAACACAAACCAGUUGUUGAAGAAGCCGCUCCAAAGUUUCCAAGUUAUUUAGGCAAUUUACCCUAUGCUGAAGGACAAUGGAGUAUUACAAACCCAACUGGAAAAAGGGUGUAUUCUAAAUUAUUUUUAAUGCAACUUGGUAGUGAAGCCGUCUGUCAAAAGAAACCUGAUGUAUUGAGAAACUGGGGUAAUUUAACAAAAUUAUCUAGUGCAUUUAAUUCAUUAGGGGGGACAACACCUAGUUUACCAAGGUCUCAAAGUGCUAGUACAACUGUAUUUAUGCCUUCCUAUUUUAAACCUGGUAAUAGUCAACGUGGUAGUGGUAUGCCUGUUAUGCAACCAGGUGCCAAACGCAAUAGCAGUCAAAGAAAAACAGCAAGUAAAACAGCAAAACCUAACACUAUUCAUAUGUCUCUUUCUUUAAGAGAAGAAGUUAAAUUAAAUCAGACUGAAAACGCUUGGGUUCCAACAGCUGCUAAAAAAGCUACCAAGUCUGAAGUUGUUAAAACAAAAAAUGAAGAGGAACAAAAAAAUGAUGAAGUCAACAAAAGCGUUCGAUCAAUUUUGAAUAAAAUAACUCCUGAUAACAUGCCUUCAUUAACUGAGCGAUUUAAGGCAUUGCCUAUUGACACUAUUGAACGUCUUGAGAAAACUAUUGAUUUAGUUUUUGAAAAGGCAAUAGAAGAACAAUCUUUUGCACCUCUUUAUUCAUCUUUAUGUUCGGCUAUGCAAUCUUUACAAGUCAGUUCUAAAGAUGGUAAAACUGCAUCUUUUAAGAAGUUAAUAAUAAGUAAAUGCCAAAGCUUAUUUGAACUAGACAAGGCCCAAGAAAUGGAUUCUGCCAGGAAACUCACUGAAAUCAAUUCUUGCAAAGAUCCAGAAAAGAAGAAAGAACUUCAACUUGAAUUUGAGGAAAAUGAAAGAAGAUUACGCAAACGUUCUGUAGGAAAUUGCCGAUUUAUUGGGGAAUUAUUUAAACAAAAAAUACUUACCCCAAAUAUUAUGUUGUAUUGCAUCGUGAAUUUAGUCACUAAACAUGUCGAAGAACCACUUGAGUGUUUGUGCAACUUAUUGAAAACUGUUGGAAAAGAAUUGGAACAAUCGUAUGAUUUAAAUGAUACUUUUGAUAAACUGAAAGCAUUAACAUCCAGAGACAUGAAAUCCAAGAUUCCAUCUAGAAUAAAAUUCAUGAUACAGGAUGUCAUUGAUUUACGUAGGGAUAAAUGGAUACCUAGGCGUACUGAUAGUAAACCCAAGAUGAUUAACGAAAUAGAAAACGAUGUCAAAAAUGAAGCAAUUGAACAACAAUCAAUAACUCUGGCUUAUAAUCGACCUGAAAAACGAGAUCAUCAUCGUGGUGAUGACAAAGUCAGGGGUGGUGAAAAUAAAAGUAGCCGUCAAAAUGAGAAUGAGUGGAAUAUUGUUCAAAAUAAUACAAAGUAUAAGCAACCAAAUUACCAAAUUGACCAAUCCAAACUACAAGGUUUUAAGGAAAACGCAUCUGUUACAACCUUAGGCCCACCUAAAUGGUCAUUUACCACGGGUAAAAACAUGACAUUUACUAGCAGUAACCCAUAUGAAGUUCUUAAUGAUGAUAAAAAGUCAUCAAAUUCUCCACAGAUUAUGUCAAAUAAGAACACAUCGUGGAAGCCUGUAAUAUCAGAAAGUGAAGAAAGACAAAGAAAGAUGUCUGGUGUAGCGAGUAUGAUGCCCCAAUUUGAUCAAUCCACUCCUUCAAUAAAUUCUUCUAGUUCAUCACAGCCAAAAGAAACUGUGUCAGAAUUGGACUCAGAAACGUCUAAUAAAAUUAACAUGAAAUGUUUAAAUAUCCUUCUUGAAUAUGAGCAAAUGCAAAAUUUAGAUGAUAUAAUUUAUUCAUUAUCGGAAGAUGAAACUUCUGAGAUCCGUACUAGGCAUGAAGAAUUUGUAACAUCAAUGUCACUUAUAACUUUAGAUAGUAGUCCAAUUACCCGAACAACGGUAGCAGGAAAAAUUUUUGCAGAACUUUUAUCUAAGAAAAUUCUUUCUAUGGAUGCCAUAACUCGAGGAAUUGAUGCUGUCCUUAAAGAUUGGAAUGAUUAUUUGAUGGAUUACCCUCAAUUUUUCUCCUAUAUUGCUGCCAUUAUUGCUCCAUUAUUAUUAUCACAGAAUGCUUCCUUUGAUUUUAAUAAUCUUAAAGAUUCUUGUACAUCAAUACGACCUGACAAUUCUAGUAAAUUUUUCACAGAAGUAUUAAAUAAAAUGCUUAGUUCCAAGGAAACGCAGAACAUUAAAGAACAACUAGGUGGUAUAUUGUUUAUUUACAACAAGUGGAGGACGUCAGAAUAUGUUCCUCUUGACGUAUUUAUGCCUAAUAACCAAAUAAAUAAAUAUUUUAAAAAUGAUCGAAUUGGAGUAUUCCUUUUAUCUAUUGCCAUGUAUGAUAAAAUGAAGAUGACUGAUAGUAAACCUCUGUACGAUGUAUUGCACAGUUGGAUAAGUACUAAUAUCAGUGCUGAAAUAAUAAAAUGCCCUCAAUUUGUGCGAGCAUUAACUAUAGCUAUUGUCAUUGUAUGCUCUAAACCAAAUCAUUCAUAUGAGGAUUUCUUUGAUCAUGUUCAUGUGAAAUUGUUGACCUGUUAUAUUCGGUCUGAACCACUUCCGGAACCUGAAAUUCAGGCAAGGGAAGUACAAUGUCUAUAUGGCAUUCAAAUUAUGUCUGCUGCACUUGAACAUCCUGGAGGAAUGGUAUUAAGACUGUUCCAUAAGCUCUAUCAGGAUAGUGUUAUAAGUAAAGAAUCGUUUGAAUUAUGGAAAAAAGAAGAUGAAUUCAAAGCUGGAUUCGAUGAAGACCUAGAAACAAAAACUAUGGCUGUUGUAGUUUUAAAUUCAUUCUUCCUUUCACUUGCAGCAAAUGACUCUGAUGAGGAAGAAACAGCUGAGUAG